UCAACAAUUAAGUUAUGUUAAAAUAAUAUACUUGUAUAGGAAAUGAAUGCACACAUGUAUUUCCGUCAGAAGUGGAACGAUCCCCGACUAGUGUCUCAAGAGAUUACCGCCGAUGUUGUGGGCGGAGAGUCACUGGCGAACCGGGUUUGGAUUCCCGACACAUUCUUUGCCAAUUCAAUGCAAGUGUUGGCCACUAAAUACCCGAUGCGUAACGCAUUCCUUAUGGUUAAACCAAAUGGUGAUGUUAUGCAUAGCGAGAGACUUCAAGUGUUGUUUCGUUGCGGACCCAAAGUGUCGAUGAAAACCGAUGAAUGCACUCUUGAAAUGGAGUCGUAUGGAUUUAGUAAUUUGGAUAUAAAGUAUGAUUGGGCCAAAGCUAAUAAGUCAGUUAUGUUUGCCUCGACUUCGACUCAUCACAAUCAAUAUAAACUGACUCAAGCUUUGGGCAAAAAUCAAAUGAUCAGUUUGUCAACCGUUGGUUCAGUGAAGGGCUUAAAAGCCAUCACAGACUCUGAAAUCUACGACAAAGACAUCCGACCGAAAUUGGGAGAUGGCCCUGUUCAAGUUAACAUUAGUAUGCAUGUGAUUGACUACACUUUUGAUCCGAUCAAAAGGGAGAUGAAUACAAACAUGUAUUUCCGUCAAAAGUGGAACGAUCCCCGACUCGUCUCUCAGGCCAUUACCGUCGAUGUUGUGGGCGGAGAGUCACUCGUAAAUCGGGUGUGGAUUCCCGACACAUUCUUUGCCAAUUCAGUGGAAGUAUUGGCCAACAAAUACCCGAAGCGUAACUCAUUUCUUAGGGUAGAGCCGAACGGAAAUGUCUUCUACAGCGAAAAACUCCGAGUGAUGUUUCGUUGUGGAGCUAAGGUGUCGGCCAAAAACGAUGAGUGCAAUCUUGAAAUGGAGUCAUAUGGAUUUAGCAAGUUGGAUGUGGAGUACGAUUGGACUAAGGCUAAUAGAUCAAUUGGAUUUGACCCUCAAUCCAUAUUGUGUCAAUUGUCAAUCAAUUCUUUAAACCCAAAAACGGCUGCAUUGAAGGCCUUCAAAGAAAAGACGAGUCCAGAGCUCUACGAUAAAACCCUUCGACCAAACUUAACAGGCGACCCGGUUCGAAUAAACAUUAGUAUGUACAUUAUCGAUUAUGCAUUUGAUCCGAUCAAAAGGGAAAUGAGAGCAAACAUGUAUUAUCGGCAGCUGUGGAACGAUCCUCGACUGGUCUCUCAAAACAUUGCGGUCAAUAUAAUAGGCGGUCAGUCGUUGGUAGACCGGGUUUGGAUACCCGACACGUUCUUUGCCAACUCAUUGGAUGUGUUGGAUAACAAAUAUCCGGCCUAUAUUCCGGCCAUUGCUUAGGGUUGAGCCAAACGGCAAUAUUCUUUAUAGCCUGAAAAUCCAAGUUUUGUUCCGAUGUAGUGCUCGAGUGUCCAUCAAAACGGAUGAAUGCAAUCUACAAAUAGAGUCGUACGGUUACACUAUGGAUGAUAUAGUUUACGGCUGGUCCAAAGGCGGCGUUAAAUUAGGCAAGAAUGUCGAUAAUAAUAGCAAGUAUAAAGUGGUUGAACAAAUGAUCAAUCUAUCGAGUGGAAAUUAUUUGCGGCUUUUGGUCGAUUUUAAGCUCAAAUGUAUUGAUUGUACGGACAAUGAAGUGGUCGACAACACAACAUCAUUCAUUAAAUAACUAUCAAUUUUCUGUUUUAAUUUUAUUAGUAGAAUAAUUGUAUUGAAAUAGAUUCAUUGAUAUGUUUUUACUUUAUUGUUAUAAUAAUGUUAUAAU